UCAGUCCUCACGAGACUAAAUCCACCUUAAUUUUUUUCAGUGUUGUGCGUUUUGUGCCUCCUGCAAAUGAUAGGGAUCGUCAAAAAAUUAUUCAGAAAGGAAAUAUUUGUGACAUAAAAUGGAAUUUUGAUAGUAAAGUGUCAUCACAAUGCAGUGUAAAGACGUGUGCCGGCUGUGCGGUGGACAGAGUGGAAUUUUAAUUAACAUAUUCAAUACAACACCUGAGUGUCUGGCCAAAAUUGAAGCUGUAGUGCCAGAUGUAGUUAUUCUCCGUAAUGACAGCUUAUCAAAAGUCGUUUGUCAUCGGUGUGUAGCCAAAGUAAAAGAGUUUUUUGAGUUUAAAUUAACAUGCAUUCAAACUCAAACAAAAUUAAAAAAAGCACUUCCAUGGAUGUCUUCCAGUAUUUUAAAUGGAGGCUCGAGCACUCUUCCAAAGUCUGUAAGUCCAACUGUGACUUACAUGGGUGGCCCACUAGCAUUUCCGUUUGAGGUCAAUAAUCCUGUGGUUGAAGUUUUAACGCUCAGUGAUGACGAAGACCAAGGGGACACUCCAAAAUCAUCCAUCCCUCCUGCUAGAGCUCCUGUGAAACAGCAACAGAGGAGAGUACCCGUCGGCCGAGUUCAGCCAUCAUCACAGACAACCCCACAACACACUAUUCUACCUUCAAACCAGUCUUUCCGGCCUGGAACUUCCAAUAUGCGCUCUGCUACCCAGAUUCCAGCAUUGACUUCAAAAUCAACAUUAGGUGUAACAAUAUCACCCAUCCAGAGGCCAUCUUUACCAACUUUGGAUGGGCAACAGAGAACUAUUCAACAGUCCACAAACACUGCUGUGCAGCCGUCUUCUUCCUCAGCUAGUCGAGGCCACGAUUCUAAAACAGGUUCUGUUGUGUAUUCUUCUAAGCCUGUAGAGACUUGCAGUGGAAUUGUUAUAACACCUCUGCCCAGUGAACACAACUUUAUUGAAAAGACAAAAGACUCCAUUAGCAGUUCUCAAGAUUCUAUGAAUUCUUGUCAAAGUUCAUCUGCAGGUACUGCAAAGAAUAUUAGAAAAACACCAUAUGAGAAGCCAAAGCCAAAAUGCAAGAAACAACCUAAACAACCUUUACCAUUGUCUGAGUCAGAUGUUAAAAGGAUUUGUGAUAAGUAUGCCCAUGUUGACCCUGUCAAAAUUAAUGAAAAAAGUUUAAUUUUCCCCUGUAGGGUAUGCAACAAAAUUUUAAUGACUGAAGAAGCAAUAUCUACACAUACAUGUCUAGGUGUUGAAACAUAUGAGCAUACCAAAGAUAUAACUUAUGAUCAAGUAAAAAGCAAAGAUAGUGGAACCAUAAUUAAUCAGAAUGAUGAUUCCAACCAUUCCACCUCUAGUGUUGAAGAGGUGUCGUGUUGUGAUGAUGGCACUGCUGCUACUAUAAAGCUUACUCCAAAGCAUCUCUGUAAUGUUUGUGGGCUACAAUUUCUUAAUCUUGGCAGGCUUCAAAAACAUCAAAUAUCAUCACAUUCAAAUAAUGCAACUUAAAGACAGUUACAUUAUUUUAAAAAAUAGAAUGAUUUUAUGGAAUGUUUUUUUCUCUCCAGAAGGUGUACUGUGGAAGAUUUAUAAGUAUUAUUUAUCUAGGUUUUUCGUAUCUUCAUUUUAUAACUCUUUGCCUUGUAGCAAAGUCUACUCUGGGAAAGUAGGGAUAUGUAUUGAACAGUUAACAGUUAUAUCAUUUUGUUUCUGCUUAUCCCUAUCAUUUACUUUGAUCUGUUUGAAUGAUGAAGAUGCCUCAUGACCUAGAUGUAUUGGUAUUAUGUUGUAACGACACGUGAGCUAAACAUGUAAAAUUCAUUUUACUUUCAUAUUUAUAUUCAAGCACGUAUUAAAAGACUUAUUAGGUUUA